AUGCCGUUCUUCUCGAAGGUGUUUAAGUCCAGGGAAGGCCAAGUCAAGAAAAAUGCUGCCCCCGUUGCGAACGGAGAGAGUCACAAGAAGCCUCAAUGGUCGGACGCUUGGGUGCGCACGAGGGUCGACCCAGAGGAGGUCGCGGAGCUGUUGCAUCUGUGUACAGCCGAGUUGAAGUCAAGAGCGCUCGAUGUCCCCUUCCUACUCUUACCAUUUCGUCCGUCGUCGGAUCCUUCUGCCGCCAGAACAUAUGUGCGCAACUUCUUUCUCCCGCCUCACGACCGCGAGCCUUUGCGGGGCUCAUCAUUGGAGAAUGAGCUCCGCAUGACCGAAGUCAUGGUCAUAAUCAGUGUGAUGAAAUGGUGUUGGGCUCGCCUCCCUGGUGGUGUGGUGACGUGGGAGGUCUACGAGGGGUUUAGAGUGGGAGAGAAAGACUCGGGAUUUGCGCGCGACGCUUUCAGUACUUUUGUGCCCAUCGGAGUUGACUCGCCCGCUCGGCUUCAGAUCAUCAAAGACUUUUUCGACCUGCUUGCUGCAAUCGCUGCACAUGGCAAGGCUAAUGGACUAGGAGGCCACAAACUCUCCAGAUAUGCUGGGUGGUGGGCAUUCGAACACUAUGACGCCGGCAAAGGCUUCGAAUCUGGAUAUCAGUCCUGGUCAAGUGCGGCGGACGCGACAUCUCAUCUCUUCUUCGCCUACCUUCGAUCCAUGUCUCCUGGCGCUGGGAAAUCAAGUGGAAUCUUGACCCUUCCUAGGUCGCUCCAGCAACUUCUCGACUCGGUCACGUACCCUCCCAAGAAUGCGCUUCUCUCCAACGAUACCACCAAGGUUGUUAUGAUUGUUGAUGUGGUCUCACCAACUCCAUAUGCUCUGCUACGACGGGCCAGGAACUUCGAAUACAGAGAUGAUGAUCAAGGUCUACAACAGUUUGCAAACUACGAUGAUCCAGUCCAGGCUCUUACAGAUGAAUGCCGUCGUGUGCUGAAGGCCAUAUCAUCCGCCAACCAGUCACACGUCUCGAACGCGAAAACAUCCACGAGCUUAACGGAUCCUUCAUGGUCGCGCUUCGAGGACGUAGGUUUUGGCAGCGCUCUUGAUGAUGACGAGGACGACGAUGAUGGACUGCUGGGCCGCAGGCUUGUGUCGACGAAACCGCUGGCUGCCACGACUAGAGGACGAGGCUAUCAAGAUUUGGCUCGACCAACCACUCCCUCCUGGGCAGAUUUCUUGUCGUCUGGAUUUGCAGACGAGCACGGCAACAAGGCUCCGGCACCUAUCCUGCUUCCGCCUGACAAGAUACUACCUCCCAUCAACACGGAUGCGCCUAGAGGCCAAAGCUCGCAAUCACAUCGGAGAAACCUUGACAUGCAGCAAAAUCUCGACCCCGGCGAAUUGGCAAGCAUUGCAAAGGUCAAUGUGGAUGAUUCUUUCUGGUGGGUCUGGAUCAGUAGUCUUGCUCCAGAAGAACCAACUUCAAGGAAAGCCGUGUUUGGCCGAUGCGCCUUGAUUGAGACCAAAUUCCAGUUUGACAAAUGGAUGGUUAUGGAGGAGCAAGUGAAAGGAGCCGCCCCAGAGCCCGCCGCUGGAGCAUAUAUUGCGGAGAAAAAGAAGACAUUCCUCGGAUUUACGACCAAGCGCGGGCGAAUAACGCGACGAGGAUCUGGCUCUAAGAAGAGCCCUCUGUCUCCAGAACCCCACCUCACGACGAACAACCGAGCGACCUUGGCGCCAGAUCAACACGCGAAGAUCCAACAAGCUGCCGCCGAGCUUACUAGAAGGAAAGAGGUCGAGGAGAGGGAAGAGAAAGCUGCUCUGGCGACCCGCCGUGGACGUACUCAAGAACCAAUAGCGGCAUCGAAGACGAACAGUAUAUUCACCAUCGGUCCGCUUAUCAAGGACGAGGCUUCGCCAGCACUGCAAUGGGCCAGCCAGUACGACAAGAAGGCGAUCCGGGCUAAGUAUCUGGGCGACUCGCUUGCUGGUAAGGGCUCUCGUGAGAUGUUGACGCUGCCCAACAACAACCUGGGGAUCAGCAGGUCGACUUCCACUCUCUCAGUGGUCAGCAAGAACAAGGAUCUGCCCGCACCACCUGCUGUAAAUUCGUCGCGUCCGGCGCUUGUCGAAAGGUCGCAGUCUGCAGAGCAAACUACACCAGCGCCACCACCGGUAGUCGUGGAUCCUGCCCCGAUUCCUGUUGAACCAACGGUUCCAGUCGAGAUCAACGCUCCGGUCGAGGCGGCAGAAGUACCAUUACCGCCAGCAACGCCAGAAACCGUACAGGCUCCAUCUGCUAAACCGCAGCCGCAGAAGCUCCGCAAGUCGUUGGACCAGCAGCGUCGAUCUCCACCAGAGCAGAGGAAGCCAAGGGGCAAGACUCCAACCGGACCACCUCCUGUACAAAAGUCGAGUGGGAUUCGACGGCUAUUUGGAACCAAACGAUCUAAAUCGCGGGACUCGAGGCCCUCAGAUCCUCCUUUGUCGCCCGCUCAAACCAGUGAAGACCCUGCCGUCAUCGCUGCCAGACGGGCUCUGGAGGGAAAGCCUCCCCUUCCUGCGGAGGGUCCGGUCUCACCUCCCUUGAGUCCCGGACAUUUCCAUCGACUUGCAACUGUCAAGAACCAGCCAGCAGCAGUGAUGGAGGAGGAACCUGAGCCAGUCCCUCAAAUGGCAACGUCGGUGCAGAGGGAAGUCACUCCUGAACCACGUAAGGAGCACGAAGAGUACGUAGAUCAAGCAUCUGCACCACCUCGGACCCGUCGCGACGAAGAAUAUGACCAACUCUCUCGAGUGGACACCAAUGAGCGGGAGCACGCCGAUCGGGAAUUCUCGACGUUUGAUCAGGGACCUCUGGUUGAUCAGCCAGCCUUUGCCCCAGUCGAUACACCUCCGAGGGAAGAGUUCUUGACGCCGGGCGAGGAGCCUCGACAUGGCCCUAUCAGCUUGAAUUCUGGUCGAUCUUUCCAGCAAACUGAGAGUUCGAUGGAUGACGAGGAGGAGCCGGUUCUGACACAACAGGUCAGUCCCACUGAUCGGUGGGCGCAAAUCCGACGAAAUGCAGCCGAGCGGGCAGCAAGACAAUCGGAGGAGCAGACUUCACGCAGUCGGACCGAGACACGAACUGAUGAUGGUGAGACCAGUGGAGAAGAGACAAUUGAAUCACGAGUUGCACGAAUCAAGGCACGCGUGGCCGAGCUCACGGGCAAUAUGGAUGCAACGCGACGAUAG